AUGGCAAAAAAUGAGAAAAAUGCUCCCACUAUGGAUAAGAGCUCAACAACAUCGAACAUCCUGGAAAUAGAUGGAGUCCCUUUGUUGCUAUCAUCAAAAGAAAUGUGGGAUGAAAUAUAUAAUUUCCCAGCCAGGCCUGACGAUCUUAUUCUGGCAACUUACCCAAAGUCAGGUACAACAUGGAUGCAAGAAAUUUUAGACAUGAUUCAAAAUGAUGGUGAUGUGGAGAAAUGCAAAAGAGGCAAUUCUCUAGAGAGAUGCCCUUUCCUUGAAUUCAAAUUUCCUCAUAAAGAAAAAAAAAAUUUGGAGAUAGCUCUUGAAAUGCCCUCACCACGACUUAUAAAAACUCACCUCGCUUCACAUCUGCUUCCACCAUCUAUCUGGAAAGAAAAUUGCAAGAUUAUCUAUGUGGCCAGAAAUGCCAAGGAUUGCCUGGUGUCUUACUACCACUUUCACAGGAUGACUCCCUUAUUGUAUGAUCCUCAGAACUUGGAGGAAUUUUAUGAGAAAUUCAUGUCAGGAAAAGUUAUUUGUGGGUCCUGGUUUGACCAUGUGAAAGGAUGGUGGGCUGCAAAAGACACGCACCAGAUCCUCUACCUCUUCUAUGAGGACAUAAAAAAGAAUCCAAAACAAGAGAUCCUCAAGAUUUUGAAAUUCUUGGAGAAAACUUUGUCAGAUGAUGUUAUAAACAAGAUCGUCCACCAUACUUCAUUUGAUGUAAUGAAGUAUAACCCCAUGGCCAACCAAACUUCUGUACCUUCUCACGUAUAUGACAACUCCAUCUCAAAAUUCAUGAGGAAAGGGAUGCCAGGAGACUGGAAGAACCAUUUUACUGUGGCUAUGAAUGAGGAUUUUGAUAAGUAUUACGAGAAGAGGAUGGCAGAAACUACACUGACCUUCUGCACAGAGAUCUGA